AAGUAUUGGCCGUUGGCUUGGAGGCUUGCUAGCAUUCCACGGGUCAUUUUUUGGGGGUAUAUAAAUAGCAAAAAUGGUGAAUGUCGACCAUCAGUCGGAUUUAGUUGCACACCUUAUUGGAUAUAUUAUUGAACUCAAGUGGAUUACUAGCAAAUAUGAAGGCAUUUAUAUGUUUACUGGCACUCGUCGCUUCGACUCAGGCUACGUUCCUUGGCGGCGGCAUUGGGGGACACGGCGGAGGAUAUGCUAAAGGAUUCUCACAUGGUCCUGAUUCCGUAGUGCAUAUUGUGCAUCCCGACCUGUUACAUGAUCAUCACGAAGAUUGCCAUGAUGAUCACCAUUACAGUCAUAUAAUCCAUGGUCAGCCCUUCUACAAAAUUGCGGAUGGUGGUCACCAUUACGAGCACGAGCACCAUCAUCAUCACCAUGGCGGUGUUGAAGUUAAGAAUCAUUUUGUCCAUGGAAAAGUCAAGUUUGUGCAUGGACCUCCAAUCGAGUAUCAUGAAAGCGGCAAAUACCAUCAUGGACAUGGGAAAGUGGAAGUAGUGCACGCAGCUCCACUCGUUCAUCAUGAUAUUGGCAUUCAUCAUGCGGCGCAUCACCACGGGGGUGUAGAAGUAGUACAUGCUGCCCCAGUAGUUCACCACUCAGCUCAUCAUAUCGACUUCCAUCACUCAGGACAUCAUCAUGGGAAUGUAGAAGUACUCCAUGCAGCUCCAGUCCAUACAGAGCUCGCAGGGCACCACCACGAGGAUGUUGAAGUAAUUCAUGCAGCACCGGUCGUCCAUCAUUCUGCACCAAUUAUUCACGAGGCUCCAAUACACCAUGAACACGUUGAAGUUGCCCAUGCCGAACAUAUUGGCCAUGGUGCCGCGGCCCACCAUGAAGAGGCUGAAUUAGUCCAUGCAGCCCCCAUUGUUCAUGCUGCUCCAAUCCAUCAUGAAGAAGUGAACCUUGUUGAAGCAGCUCCUGUUCACCACGAGCAAUUGCAAGUUGUGCCCAUCGCUCCCAUUGUUCCGAUUGCGCCUUUGGUGCAUGUAGAUGCACAUGCAGGAUAUGGAGGAGGUUUUGGCUACAGUGGAGGAUACGGUUAUGGUGGCGGUUAUGGCGGUGGCUUUGGCGGUCUAGUUCAUGCGGAAGGCGGAGUAGGUUUGGGGGGAGGAGAUAUUUCUCUGAAACCUUUCCAUAUUGCCACCAUUAUUGAGGAUCACCAUCACGUUAAAGCACCACAUGGAGUUAAUGUGGCUCAUGCUGGAUAUGCCGGUGGUUUUCAUUACGAUCAUGGACAUAGUUAUGGGUAUGGCCACGGAUACAGUCAUGGACAUGAUCAUGGUCAUGGCCAUGUACACAUUUUACAUAACCAAAUCGGACAUGUUACCCACCACAAAGGAGAACCUUUCACAUUAGUUAAAAUUCAUGAAGUCACUAAAGGAAAGGGUUUGUGGUGAAACCCCUGAUUUUAGUGUGUUGAAUUUAUUAAUUGUUAAUAGAUGUAAGCCGUUAGCUGUUAGAUUCUGUUGAAGCCAAAUACAUAGUCUGAGUUGAUUUUAAUUUAUAUAGAAAACAUAUGUUAGUAAUAAAACACAUGAUCAACUAUUAA